UCCGGAAAAGCCUUUCUGUCCUUGUUCUGAGCUGUCCCGGCCUGAGGGGGUCUCCCCAGAGCAACUCCUUGCCCUCCACGGCCUAGGGGGUGAGGGGACGGGCACCACCCACGGCCUGGCCUGAAAUCUGUACGCAGGCGCCGCCUGGACGUCCCCGAAGCCCUACCCAGACGAGAUCCUUCCUGCUGAAGUGGGAAGCUGAGUGGAAACUAAAUCCUGGAUGGCAGGGACGUGGCCAGGGUGACAAGAGGUCAUGAAGUUCUGUUGCCUGUUCCGUCCCCCUUCCAGGCUGCGGUCAGCCGGCCCCUGCGGGGAAUGUGGGGCACGUUUCGGGGCAGAGAAGGGAGACGGUGAUUUGCCCCAGCUCGCGGAUCGCUGGAACUGCCUCCUUCCUUCCCGGGCCCCUGCCAGGUGCAGGGGUUUGAGGGCUUGUCAGGCCACAAGCUCAAGCUGGCUCUUGCAGCUCUCCUGCCCAGCGGGAGCCCUACUGCUGCCAGUCCCGUGUCCUGCGCUCCAGGCCAGGUCCCACCCGAUACGGGGUCUGGUGAGGGAACGGGUCUCCAGGGUCUGCCAUGCUUUCUCCACUCUGGGGCUUGUGGUUCCUCCUUUUCCUCUCACCUGCACACCAGCGCGGUAAUCCCAAAGCUGUGCAUGAGAGCAUCUGCUCACCCUUUUGACCCUAUCUGCAAGCUAGAGGGGGCAGGGAAAGGAUUCUGUGAGCCCAGCAAGGCCUCUGUCAUCAGAUGGGAAGCCCUAAAAACAGACCAGGGGCUAUGUGAUGAUGGGAGGACAUGAAACGUCACCUUGGUUUUGUCAAUUGGUCAUGAAGAUAGUCUCACUCUGGGGGUGAGGGGUGGAGUCCCUGAGGGCGGAGGUCAGUGGCUCCUGUGGAAAGCGGCUCACCUCCAGUCGCAGCAAGUGAGUGAAGUGUCUCCAGCCAUAUCUCCCUCCUUGCCCCAACCACACACCAGGCAGUGAUCAUGACUCACGGGUCCCAGUACGAAGGAAAGACCACUUCUCUCUUGGGGCAGAGACAAGGCAGCAGCCCCCAACCCCAUCUCUUCUCCGCUCUGCUUGACUCUUCUGGAAUGGACUGGCCUGCCAGGAAGCUGGGUCACUCUUGGUCUUCCUGGGCUUGCCUGCCUACUGGGGAACACAGGCAGCCCAGUCAGUGGUAGCAGUGGCGGUGCGGCCUGACGCCGUGGCAGCAGCGUUCCUAGCAGAGGAUGCCCCAGGCCCUGGAGCGUGCAGACGGCGGCUGGGCCUGGGUGGUCCUGCUGGCCUCCAUGAUGACCCAGGGCCUCACCCUGGGCUUCCCCACGUGCAUCGGCAUCUUCUUCACUGAGCUACAGCAUGAGUUCCAGGCCAGCAACAGUGAGACCUCCUGGUUCCCCUCCAUUCUGACGGCCAUGCUCCACGCGGGGGGCCUGGGCAUGUGCUUCAGCUUCCAGUCGACCAUCACUGUGCUGGGCUUUUACUUCAUCCGCCGGCAGGCAAUGGCCAACGCAUUGGCCUCGGUGGGCGUCUCCCUGGGCAUCACGCUCUGGCCGCUGCUCGCCCGCUACCUCCUGGAGGACCUGGGCUGGCGGGGCACCUUUCUUGUCUUCGGUGGGGUUUUUCUCCACUGCUGUGUCUGCGGGGCCAUCUUGAGGCCUGUGGCCACCAGCGUGCCUCCUGAAACCAGAGAAGGCCCCCCUCCACCUUCCAAGACGCCUGUGCCCAGCUGCCUGGCAGCGUGUGGCCGGGCCGUCCAGCGCCACCUGGCUUUUGACAUCCUGUGGCACAACGCAGGCUACCGUGUGUUCACACUGGGUGUCGCGUGGAUGAUCCUGGGUUUCCCGCUGCCACACGUCUUCCUGGUGCCAUACGCCAUGCGGCACGGCGUGGAUGAGCACAAGGCGGCCCUGCUUAUCUCCAUUAUCGGCUUUAGCAACAUAUUCCUGCGGCCCAUGGCCGGGCUGGUGGCAGGACGGCAGGACUUUGCCAGCCACCGCAAGUACCUGUUCAGCCUGGCAGUCCUGCUCAAUGGGCUCACCAACCUGGUGUGCGUGGCGUCGGCCGACUUCCGGGUGCUGGUCGGCUACUGCCUGGUGUACAGCGUGUCCAUGAGUGGAGUUGGUGCCCUCUUCUUCCAGGUCCUCAUGGACGUGGUGCCCAUGGACCGGUUCUCCAGGGCCCUGGGCCUCUGCACCAUCCUGGAGAGUAUCUCCAUCCUCAUCUCCCCUCCACUGGCUGGCUUCCUCCUGGACACAACUAACAACAACUUCAGCUACGUUUUCUACAUGUCAAGUUUCUUCCUCAUCUCAGCUGCUCUCUUCAUGGGUGGCAGCUUCUGUGCCCUGCAAAAGAAGGAGAAGCAGGGCAGGCAGGCAGAGGCGGAAGCAGCCACCGUGGAGGCUGCCCCACAGCGGGCCCUCACCGUGGAGGGCACAGAUGGAUCUGAGAAGCAGCCAUCCACUGAAAUCAUGUAUGUGACCAGCGUCUGAGCCCCGAGGUCAAUGAGUGACCACUGCCUCAGCCCAGGAAUGGGAUCUCCAGCUGCUUCUCCAGCAGCUGGGGUGAUGAAGUCCUGCUCAGAAAGCCUGAACCAAAGACCAUCUCGGCUCUGCACUUUGGGACUCAGCCAGGAGCUGGGACCUUGGAGGCUGGCCUCCGAAGACUCUGGGUCCCUUCCAGUGAGCAGAAUCCAGGAGCAGGUCCUCCUGACUUUUCCUUGGGCACCAGAGUACUUGGGGCCCACAAAAGUGGGUCUGAGCCCUGCUGGCGUCCAUCAUGGCCGGCUCUGCUCAGCUGGCUGCCCACUGCUGCUGCUACAACUAACACACUGGACCCUCAAGUCCAGUCUAUAUGCCUCUGAUGUGAUCUCUUUGCCUUCUCCGAACUCCAGACAGUUCCAAAGAGCUUGCCUGUCCUCCGAAGCCCUCCUGCCGCCCUUCUUCCCAGUGACCCAGCCCUUGCCCUUAGGGUGUCCCCAGGACAAGUUGCUGGGUCUCAUGUUGACUGGAACCUUGAAAAGAAAGGCCUUGUGGCCUGUCGUGGUGGAAGGCCAGGCUGAGGAGUUGGCCUGGAUCCAGGGUUGAGAAAAAUUAAAUGUCUGGUGGAGUA